AGAGUAUAUUGAACAGCUGUCAAAGUUUCAGCCGUGUUUAGAGUCGUAUUGUUGUGUUUAUUAUUGUGUUCAUAAUUUAUUAUCGUGUUGGUUUUAAUUAAGUAACAGAAUUUGAAAAUUGUAUCAAAUGUAUCCAAACGGCAAGUUGUGAUAAAUUUAAUCUCAGAAAUUAGCCAUCAAAUCGAACCGGCUACAUUUUAGUUGUGUAACAGAAGCAGAUAACAAUAACAGCCGGAACCAAUUGAGUUUUCUUGAGACUAAUGUUUUUAAAUAAAAAAUAAAUAUGAAUCGAUUAAAAUGGUUCACUGGACUACAGAAGAAUUUGGUGCUGAAUGUACGGCACGAGCAGAGAGUAAAAAGGGCGGCCGUCGAAGCGAAUGUUAUCAGUUUAUUCGAACGUUUGCCACUGUACACAACGCUUCCACUAGUGGAUCGAAUCCAACAUAAAUACACCGAAUUAAUCGAGAAACAUACCAAAGAACCGAUUCACUUAAAACAAAACAAACGUGUUUGUCACAAAUUAUCCGCCAAUUUUAAUUCAUUUCCUUCGGAAAUUAGUCAACGUUUUACAUUUGGUGCAUUCAAGCGAAAAAUUCAUAGCAAAAUGAAAGACUUAGUCAACGGAAAAAUUUUAAUCGAAAAUGCCGAGGAUUUGAUUGUGGAUCAAAAGUAUGCCUACAGCAAUGGCCACAGCAAAAACAAAGGUGUUGAAAAAAUGGCCAAAUUAAUCAAUGGAUUGGAGAUUGCCAAAGAAAUCAGACAAGAGCUGAAACAGCACAUUAUUGAAUGGGAGAGUGAAGGACACCGAGCACCACAUUUGACAGCUGUUUUGAUUGGAGACGACCCGGCCAGUCAUACUUAUGUCAACAACAAGAUUAAGGCCGCUGCUGAAGUAGGAAUUUCAAGUGAAACAAAACGUUUUCCAUCAACGAUCACGGAAACCGAUUUGUUGAACUUGAUCGCCGAGUUGAAUGAAGACGAUCGCGUGGAUGGUAUUUUGGUACAAUUGCCAUUGCCAUCGCAUAUCAACGAGCGAAACAUCUGCGAUGCUGUUUGCUGUAACAAAGAUGUGGACGGUUUCAAUGAGAAGAAUGUGGGUCGUUUGUGUUUGGACAUAAAUUCAUUGAUUCCAUGCACGGCUCUUGGUGUGCAAGAAUUGAUCAAACGAUCAAACAUUGACACCUUUGGCAAAAAUGCCGUCGUCGUUGGUCGUUCAAAGAAUGUUGGUUUGCCGAUUUUCAUGUUGCUGCACGCCGAUGGCAGAAAUGAAACUGGUGCUAUGGAUGCCACAGUGACAAUGUGCCAUCGGUUUACACCACCUGAACAAUUGAAGGUGUUCUGUCGUCAUGCUGAUAUUAUUGUCACAGCGACGGGUAUUCCAAAACUCAUCACCGCCGAUAUGGUGAAGGAAGGAGCUGCAAUCAUUGAUGUUGGCAUCACUCGGGUCAUAGAUGAAAAAACUGGCAAACCAAAACUUGUCGGCGAUGUUGAUUUUGAAGAGGUGCGUAAAGUAGCCGGACACAUUACUCCAGUACCAGGCGGCGUUGGACCAAUGACAGUUACCAUGCUGAUGCGAAACACUUUUGUUGCUGCCAAAAAUCUAGCGAAAUUACGCACAAGUCGAAAUGGUCACGCUGAAAAUUGAGGCCCCUACAUAUAGUGUAUAUCCACUUUAAAGCGCUAGACUUUUAAUUUUAAUUUGCAUUUUUUUUUCUACUGAACCAACGUCAUUUGUUUGUUUCAAUAUGCUGAGCAUUGUAAAUCGAACCGAUAAUGACUUUUAUAUCACUUUUUUACAGUGAAAAAAAGUAUUCUAGUUUUUAAGUCUGAAUUUAACUCAUUACAUUAUUUUGAUGUAUGCUUUUUUGUAAUAAAUUGAUUUGGUUGGAUUGAUACCGAAUGAAA